AUGGCCUCAGACAUGCACAUGCCAGGCCCGGUGUGCCUCAUUGAGAACACUAGCACAAAACUAGUGGUUAACCCGGAAGCUUUGAAGAUCCUGUCUGCCAUUGCAGAGCCUGUGGUGGUGGUGGCCAUUGUGGGUCUCUACCGCACAGGCAAAUCCUACCUGAUGAACAAGCUGGCUGGGCAAAAAAAAGGCUUCUCUCUAGGCUCCACGGUUCAGUCUCACACCAAAGGCAUCUGGAUGUGGUGUGUGCCUCACCCUAAGAAACCAAACUACACUCUAGUUCUGCUUGACACUGAGGGCCUGGGAGAUGUAGAGAAGGGUGACAACCAAAAUGACUCCUGGAUCUUUGCCCUGGCAAUACUGCUGAGCAGUACCUUUGUGUACAACAGUAUGGGGACCAUAAACCAGCAGGCCAUGGACCAACUGCACUAUGUGACAGAGCUGACAAAAAAAAUAAGGGCAAAAUCUUCACCUGAUGCAAAUGAGGAUGAGGACUCAGCUGACUUUGUGAGCUUCUUUCCAGAUUUUGUGUGGACACUGAGGGAUUUUUCCCUAAAUUUGGAAGUAGAUGGGCAACCCAUCUCAGCAGAUGAGUACCUGCAGAAUUCACUCAAACUCAAGCAAGGUACCAGUCCUAAAGAUGAAAAGUUUAACCUGCCCCGACUCUGUAUCCGAAAGUUCUUCCCAAAGAAGAAAUGCUUUAUCUUUGAUCGGCCCACUCAUCGGAAGAAGCUAGGCCAACUUGAGACAAUGCAUGAUGAUGAGCUGGACCCCGAAUUCGUGCAACAAGCUGCUGACUUCUGUUCCUACAUCUUUACCAAUUCCAAAGUCAAAACUCUUUCAGGAGGCAUCCAGGUCAAUGGACCCCGGCUGGAGACUCUGGUGAUGACCUAUGUCGAUGCCAUCAGCAGUGGAGACCUGCCCUGCAUGGAGAACGCAGUCCUGGCCUUGGCCCAGAUAGAGAACUCGGCUGCAGUGAAAAAGGCCAUUGCCCACUAUGACCAGCAGAUGGGGAAGAAGGUUGAACUGCCCACAGAAACCCUCCAAGAGCUCCUGGACCUGCACAUGGCCAGUGAGAAAGAGGCCAUUGAAGUCUUCAUCAAGAAUUCCUUCAAGGAUAUAGACAAUUUAUUUCAAAAGGAUUUAGCGGCCCAGCUAGAAAAAAGGCGGGAUGACUUUUAUAAAGAGAAUAUAAAAGCAUCAUCGGAUCGCUGCUCAGCUUUACUUAAGGAUAUCUUCCAUUCUUUAGAAGAAGAUAUAAAGCAGGGGGUUUAUUCUAAACCAGGAGGAUAUCAUCUCUUAAUGCAGACUGUGCAUGAGCUCAAGAAAAAGUAUCUUCAGGAACCCAAGAAGGGAAUACAGAGUGAAGAAGUUCUUCAAACAUACCUCAUGUCCAAGGAAUCUGUGAUUGAUGCAAUUCUACAGACAGACCAGACUCUCACAGAAAAGGAAAAGGAGAUUGAAGUGCAACGUGUGAAAGCUGAAUCUGCAGAGGCUGCAGCAAAAAUGCUGGAGGAAAUGCAAAAGAAGAAUCAGCAGAUGAUGGAGGAGAAAGAAAAGAGUUAUCAGGAACAUGUGAAACAACUGACUGAGAAGAUGGAGCAGGAGAGGGCCCAAUUAAUGGCAGAGCAAGAGAGGACUAUGGCUCUUAAACUUAAGGAACAGGCCUUAUUACUAAAGGAAGGAUUCCAAAAUGAGAGCAGACAACUUCAGAGAGAAAUAGAGACGCUCAAGAAUAACAUGGCAAGAAGAAAUAGGAAUAAAUGUACCAUAAGCUAA